AUGGCUAGCGUUGCCAAGCUUCCCAGCGAGAACUUGGGCGUUUGGUGCAGUUACUGGACCUUUUCUCAGGGGAGCAGUUUUCUUUCCCUGCGCAUCGAUGGCUGGCCUGGGACCAGCCUGAUGGGGAAAUAUCUAUGGAGCUUCCUGUUUUGGGCCCAGCCGAUCCUUCCAGUGACUGUCUAUGAAGUGCAUGUGACAACAGGAGAACUGUGGAAUGCUGGAACUGAGGCUGAUGUCUAUAUUUCUGUCUAUGGAGAACGAGGUGAUACAGGAUCGAGACGGCUGGUCAGGUCACAGAAACCCCAGAAAUUUUUAAAAGGACAAACUGACAUCUUUGGUGUGGAAGCUGUGCACCUCGGACGUUUGUACAAGAUUGUUAUAGGACACAGUGGUCUUGGAUCAGGAAAUGGUUGGUUUCUGGACAAAGUCGUAAUCAAGGAUCCUAUAACAGAUCUGGAUUAUACUUUUCUUUGUCACAGGUGGCUGGACCAGGGGCAGGACGAUGGCAACAUUGCUAGAGAACUGGCUGUGACAGAUGCCAGCACGUUUCCAGGAAGACAAGAGCUGGAACUCAGGAGAGAGGAAGCUCGGGCUGCCAAAAAGUGGAAAUUUCAAGAAGGCAAUACACUUCAGUUUUACAACCGGCUCACCCGUGGCUUCAUUUGCCUCGGGCCAGACAGCAGAGUUGAUGCUCUUGGUGACAAGAAAAACAAAUAUGGUAAAGUAUUUUUCAUAUGGAUGUAUGCAGAAAAGAUACUAGAAAGGAGGACUUUAUAG